AUGAAAGUUUAAGAUGCUUCUGAGAAGUAAGCCAAACCAAUCGAUUCACGAUUGAUGAAUGGACCAUUAUAAGAUCGUCAUUGUACUGAUAUCAUAUGUUGUUUAUUAUUUAUAGCAUCAUUCAUAUUUAUGUGGUAAGUUAUUAUUUUAUAACCUAAGGUAUAUUGCUAUAACAGGAUAUUCUUUAGGGAAACCAGAAAGAAUAUUGGCAGCUUAUGAUUCUGAUGGUAGUUUUUUAAUCUAUUAUAUUUAGGUAAUGCAUGUGACUUGGAUUUACCAGAUUAUCCAUUAUUAUACUUUCCUAUCAUUCAUCCUGAUUACUAUAAUAAAACUGUUUGUGUAGAAAGAUGUCCAGCAAAUACAUCAGAUACUGUUAAAUGUUAAACAAAUAAAAAUAUCACAUCAUGUCCUAGAGAUUGUACAAAGGUUUCAGUUGAUACAUCUACUACUUUUGAUUUCACUUCCAUAGAUUCUAUGAAGAACUAUGUAGACACAAUAACAAGUUCAGUCAGUAAACCUGAAAAUUGGAUUUGUCUAUAUGGAAGUGAACCUAUUUUUUCAAGAGCAUGUUUUCCAAGUACUGCUUUAGAAAUUUUAAAUCAAACUUCUAAUUUUAGUUCUUCCAUAGAUUUAAAUAGAUUAACAUCUUGGUUAUAUGAUCUUUCUAUUGCAAAAUAUAUAAUUCUAGCAUCUUUUUUUAUAGCUUUUGGUUUAGGGUAAAAAUAAAUAAAAUAUAAUAGAUUAAUUUAUAUGAUUAUUUUAAGAUUUUUAGGAGGUUUAUUUGUAUGGUUAACAAUUUUACUUUACUUUGUCGGAAUUUCAGUUUUAGCAGGUUAUACUUGGGAUUAACAUUUAUAUUAUUUAAAGUAUAUAGAUUUUAUUAUUUAGUGAUUCUUAAUAAUCAGCUUCAGCAGGAUCUACUAAUGCCUCUGACAAUGCCAAAGCUUUAGAAUAUUUGUUUUAUAUUGAAAUAGCAUGGAUUGCUUUUUCUAUUCUUGUUUUUAUUUGUAUUUUCAAUAAAAUUAGAUUGGCAAUAGGAGUUGUAAAGACAGCUACUUUAUAUGUGAGAGAUAACUUUUCAGUUAUGAUAGUACCUCCAGUAAUUGGAAUUUGUUUAGGAGUAUUAUGGGUUUGGUGGAUAGUAUCAGUUGUGUAAUAUCUAUAAUUAAUAUAUAAGUUAUAUUGUUGGUCUUGGAAACAUUAAAGGAGAUGGUAGUACUCCUUUUGCCACUGUUACUUUUGACAAUACUACUAGAAAUAUGGUUUAUUAUUUUAUGUUUGGUGGAUUAUGGAAACAAGCAUUUUUAUUGGCUCUGAAUCAAUUUAUAAUUGGUUGUUCAGUUUGCAUAUGGUAUUUUAAUUAAGGACCAGGUUAAUCUUAUACUGGAAAUUUAUUCUAAAGUAUUUAUUGGGCAUUUCGUUAUCAUCUUGGAUCAUUAGCAUUUGGUUCUUUUAUAUUGGCAGUUGUGUAAUUUAUUAGAUUAAUGUUGGAAUAUGCUAAAUAUCAAGCAAAAUAGAUGUCAGGAGAUAACAAAUGUACUAAAUGUAUAUUAGAUUGUCUAUCUUGUUUGGUGGCUUGUUUUGAAAGAUUUAUAGAAUUUCUCAAUAAAAAUGCUUACAUUCAAAUAGCAUUGACUAGCANUAAAACUGUUUGUGUAGAAAGAUGUCCAGCAAAUACAUCAGAUACUGUUAAAUGUUAAACAAAUAAAAAUAUCACAUCAUGUCCUAGAGAUUGUACAAAGGUUUCAGUUGAUACAUCUACUACUUUUGAUUUCACUUCCAUAGAUUCUAUGAAGAACUAUGUAGACACAAUAACAAGUUCAGUCAGUAAACCUGAAAAUUGGAUUUGUCUAUAUGGAAGUGAACCUAUUUUUUCAAGAGCAUGUUUUCCAAGUACUGCUUUAGAAAUUUUAAAUCAAACUUCUAAUUUUAGUUCUUCCAUAGAUUUAAAUAGAUUAACAUCUUGGUUAUAUGAUCUUUCUAUUGCAAAAUAUAUAAUUCUAGCAUCUUUUUUUAUAGCUUUUGGUUUAGGGUAAAAAUAAAUAAAAUAUAAUAGAUUAAUUUAUAUGAUUAUUUUAAGAUUUUUAGGAGGUUUAUUUGUAUGGUUAACAAUUUUACUUUACUUUGUCGGAAUUUCAGUUUUAGCAGGUUAUACUUGGGAUUAACAUUUAUAUUAUUUAAAGUAUAUAGAUUUUAUUAUUUAGUGAUUCUUAAUAAUCAGCUUCAGCAGGAUCUACUAAUGCCUCUGACAAUGCCAAAGCUUUAGAAUAUUUGUUUUAUAUUGAAAUAGCAUGGAUUGCUUUUUCUAUUCUUGUUUUUAUUUGUAUUUUCAAUAAAAUUAGAUUGGCAAUAGGAGUUGUAAAGACAGCUACUUUAUAUGUGAGAGAUAACUUUUCAGUUAUGAUAGUACCUCCAGUAAUUGGAAUUUGUUUAGGAGUAUUAUGGGUUUGGUGGAUAGUAUCAGUUGUGUAAUAUCUAUAAUUAAUAUAUAAGUUAUAUUGUUGGUCUUGGAAACAUUAAAGGAGAUGGUAGUACUCCUUUUGCCACUGUUACUUUUGACAAUACUACUAGAAAUAUGGUUUAUUAUUUUAUGUUUGGUGGAUUAUGGAAACAAGCAUUUUUAUUGGCUCUGAAUCAAUUUAUAAUUGGUUGUUCAGUUUGCAUAUGGUAUUUUAAUUAAGGACCAGGUUAAUCUUAUACUGGAAAUUUAUUCUAAAGUAUUUAUUGGGCAUUUCGUUAUCAUCUUGGAUCAUUAGCAUUUGGUUCUUUUAUAUUGGCAGUUGUGUAAUUUAUUAGAUUAAUGUUGGAAUAUGCUAAAUAUCAAGCAAAAUAGAUGUCAGGAGAUAACAAAUGUACUAAAUGUAUAUUAGAUUGUCUAUCUUGUUUGGUGGCUUGUUUUGAAAGAUUUAUAGAAUUUCUCAAUAAAAAUGCUUACAUUCAAAUAGCAUUGACUAGCAAGAGUUUUUGUCCAGCUGCUAAAGAUGCUUUUGAAUCAAUAUGGGCUAAUACUAUGAGAUAUAGUCUAGUUUCUGGUAUUGGUUCUAUUUUUACUUUCGUAAUAUAUAGAUAUUUAUAUAGAUUGGUAAAUUAUUUGUGGGUUUUGCUACAGUCUUAUUUGCAUAUGAAAUCUUUAUUCAUGCAGAACCAUAUAAAACAGAUCUAGCAUCUCCAAUUGUACCAUCUAUUGUAUGCUUUAUUAUUGCUUAUAUGGUGGCUAUACUAUUUAUGAGUAUCUAUUAAAUGGCAUGUGAUGCUGUUUUGACUUGUUUUAUUUAUGAUGAAGAAUUAAAUAAGUAGAAUGGUGGAAUGUCAGCUUAACAUUGUCCAGAAACACUAAGAGAAUGGUUUGACAGUACGUAAUCAUCAUGA